AUGUCAAUUAAAAUUACUUCUAAAGACCAAGUAAACCAAUUACUUGACAAAUACGAUUACUUUCUAUUUGAUUGUGACGGUGUUUUAUGGUUGGGCGAUCAUUUACUACCUUCUGUCCCUGAAGCUAUAUCCUUGUUAAGGUCCAAAAAUAAACAGGUUAUAUUUGUCACGAACAACUCAACAAAAUCCCGUAACGAUUAUUUGAAAAAGUUUGAAAAAUUGGGGAUUCCAGAUAUAAGUAAACAAGAGAUAUUUGGAUCGUCGUAUGCAUCAGCUAUUUUUAUUGAUAAAAUCUUGAAAUUACCCAAAGAUAAGAAGGUGUGGGUGUUAGGGGAAAAAGGAAUUGAACAGGAAUUGCACGAGUUGGGAUACACCACAGUUGGGGGGUCUGAUCCCGAUUUGAUUUCUUCUGGAGUUGAAUUUGAUUCCAAUGAUCCUAGAUUAAAUGAAUUGGACAACGAUGUUGGUUGUGUUUUGUGUGGGUUGGUGUUCAACUUGAACUACUUGAAGUUAUCAUUAACGUUGCAGUAUUUGUUGAAAGAUAAGAAAACAAUCCCAUUUAUUGCUACUAACAUCGAUUCCACUUUCCCUGCUAAUGGCAAGUUACUUAUCGGUGCUGGCUCAAUCAUUGAGACGGUGAGCUUUGCAAGUGGUAGACAGCCAGAAGCUAUCUGUGGAAAACCCAAUCAAUCAAUGAUGAACAGUAUAAAAGCUGCUUUUCCUGACUUGGAGAAAGCUCCAAAAAGGGGGUUAAUGAUUGGAGAUAGGUUAAAUACUGACAUGAAGUUUGGUAGAGAUGGUGGUUUGGACACAUUGUUAGUUUUGACAGGUAUUGAAACCGAAGAAAAUGUCAAACUGUUGAACGAAAAUGAAGCACCCACAUACUACAUCAACAAAUUAGGCGAUUUCUGUGAGCUUAACAAUUAG